GAUGGAAGAGUGAUGCAUAAUAAUACAGCUGAGUACUUGAGAAAGGAGUAAAGUUCUUACCUCAAUUUUACAAAAAUAUGGCCUCGGAAUCCUUUAUUUAUUGUUGAUCUGAGUCAAGUAACUCCACUUCGCAAGUCGAAGUCCAUCCAGUAAAGAUUUUAGACCCUGACUGAAAACAAAAGACGGUGAGAUGACCUCAAAUCUGUCAACUGUCAUUCGUACGAUGGAAGAGUUCGCUUCCAACACUGGCCUGUUAUCGUCUGCUCAACCUCGUCGUUAUCUGUGGACAGAUGCUUUUGCAGUAUGUAACUACCUUGGGCUACAGAAACGCACUCAUGACGAGAAGUAUGGCCGUCUUGCUCUUGAUCUCGUGAAGAGUGUACAUAAUGUGUUGGGAAGGCAUCGUCCAGAUGAUCAGAGAAAAGGUUGGAUAAGUGGUCUGAGUGAAGAUGAAGGAAAGCUGCAUCCAACCACAGGAGGUCUCAGGAUUGGCAAGAAAAUGCAGGAACGCAGCCCAUCUGACCCAUUUGAUGAAGACUUAGAGUGGGACAGAGAUGGCCAAUAUUAUCAUUAUCUAACCAAAUGGAUGCAUGCAUUAAAUUGUGUCAGUAAAUCCACUGGAGACAUGCAAUACAAUGUGUUUGCAUCAGAGCUGGCUCAAGGUGUCCACAGUAGGUUUACAUAUGGCAUUGGUUCAGGGAGGAAGAGGAUGUACUGGAAAAUGAGUAUUGACUUGAGUCGAGCACUUGUCCCAAGUAUGGGCCACCAUGAUCCAUUAGAUGGGUACAUAACAUACCUUCAAAUCAAUCAAAGCUUGCCUAGAGAAAAUAAAACAAACAUGAACCUUGAGCACCAAAUCAGAGAGAUGAAAGAGAUCUGUCAAGGACAGGACUGGACAACAACAGAUCCACUGGGCCUGGGAGGAUUACUAUGUGAUGUUUACCGUGUCUUAUCAAUGAUGAUAGAAGAUGAGAGUAUUAAGAAAGAACAAGAUCUUCUGAUAAGCCUUCUACAAGCAAGUGAUAAAGGCCUUCAAUCUUAUGUUAACAACAGGCAUUCAAACCAACUGCGAAAACCUGCAGAGUAUCGCUUAGCCUUCCGUGAAUUGGGUCUGUCGAUUGGCCUUCAAGCUGUCAAACACAUUAACAAAAAGAUUCAAAACCAUGCAGAUCUAGUGAAGCUCUCCUCCAAGUAUCUGGACAAGCUGCUGAAAUACAUGUACAUUGUGGAGGAAAUCAAUGGAUUCUGGAGUGAUUCAGCCAAUCAGAAAGCCCGUUCAUGGACUGGACAUCUGGAUAUCAAUAUGGUAAUGUGGGCAACAAGUCUUAUGCCAGACAGAUUCCUUUGCCUUUGAGCUGAUGAUGACAAACCAUACUGAUCAAUCAAGAGUAUAUUAAUGCCUUUGUCUUGGUGUAGUUACUACCAGGCCUAAUUAAAGCUAAGAUAGAUUUAUUAUAUUCAUUGCUUGUAGAUAGUUUAGAAAAGGUUUACAUUAUGUAUGUAGAUGUAACGUUGACAAACAUAACUGAAUCUCUGGAUGGCAUGAACUUACUUCAUUUUACACCUGUAAAGACAAUGAUGUCUAUAAACAUAAUAAAAUAAAAUAAUGUUAAUAAAAUAUGUAAGAAAUAACAACCAUGUUGUGAAACAGGAGUAUCCAGUAUCUUAUUAAAAGUGGAUUAAUAACAAUAAAUAACUUAUUUGCUUCA